AUGAUUAGAAAGAUAUUACCAAUUUCAAAUAAUAUUAUUAGAAAUAGUAGUAGUAGUAUCUCAUUAUAUAAAUCACAUAAAUCAUAUAUAAAUUGCAACAACAGUGCAGUACUUUAUAGAAACAUAUCAUAUCAAUCGAUAAACUCAAUUAGAUCUCAAUUACUGUCAUCAUCGAGAAGUGGUAUUUGUCGUUUUUCAACAGCAACAGCACCAGCUCAACUAUCAUAUGAAAGUGGUUCAAAUCCAUUCGAAAUAACAAUAACCGAUCAUUGUGCUGAAGAAUUGAAUAAAGUAACAAAAGAUGUUAAGAAUGCAAAUUCAAAGUUGAGAGUGAUGGUCGAUACUGGAGGAUGUAGUGGAUUCCAAUAUAUUAUAAAGAUUGAUACAAAGGUUCAAGAGGAUGAUGUAAUAUUUACAAAAAAUGGAGCAGAAGUUAUUAUAGAUAAAAUAUCAUUGGAUAUGAUGCAAGGAUCAAUUAUCGACUAUGAAAAAGAAUUGAUGAGAAGUUCUUUCUGUAUUCACACAAUGUCUUCAAUUGGUAUUGAUUUAGGAACAACUUACUCCUGUGUUGGUGUAUGGCAAAACGAUCGUGUCGAGAUUAUCGCCAACGAUCAAGGUAACCGUACCACUCCAUCAUACGUCGCCUUCAACGACACUGAGCGUUUGAUUGGUGAUGCCGCCAAGAAUCAAGUUGCCAUGAAUCCAUCCAACACCAUUUUCGAUGCCAAGCGUUUGAUCGGUCGUAAGUUCUCUGAUCCAAUCGUCCAAUCCGAUAUGAAGCACUGGCCAUUCAAGGUCGUCCAAAAGGAGGGUGACAAGCCAUACCUCCAGGUCGAAUUCAAGGGUGAAGUCAAGACUUUCUCACCAGAGGAAGUUUCAUCGAUGGUUUUGUUAAAGAUGAAGGAAACCGCCGAAGCCUACCUCGGUAAGACCGUCAACAACGCCGUCAUCACCGUUCCAGCCUACUUCAACGACUCCCAGCGUCAAGCCACCAAGGAUGCCGGUAUCAUUGCCAAGUUGAACGUCCAACGUAUCAUCAACGAGCCAACCGCCGCCGCCAUUGCCUACGGUCUCGAGAAGAAGUCCGAACAAGAACGUCACAUUUUGAUUUUCGAUUUGGGUGGUGGAACUUUCGACGUUUCACUCCUCACCAUCGAAGACGGUGUCUUUGAAGUCAAGGCCACCGCUGGUGACACUCAUUUGGGUGGUGAAGAUUUCGACAAUCGUAUGGUCAACCACUUUGUCGAGGAAUUCAAGCGUAAACACAAGAAGGAUUUGAUGACCAAUCAACGUGCUCUCCGUCGUUUGAGAACUGCCUGCGAGCGUGCAAAGCGUACCCUCUCUUCAUCCGCUCAAGCCUCCAUCGAAAUCGAUUCACUCUUUGAGGGUAUCGACUUCUACACCUCAAUCACCCGUGCUCGUUUCGAAGAGUUGAACGCCGAUUUGUUCCGUGGUUGUAUCGAGCCAGUCGAGAAGGUCAUCCGUGACUCCAAGUUGGCCAAGGGUGCCAUCAACGAAAUCGUUUUGGUCGGUGGUUCCACUCGUAUUCCAAAGGUACAACAAUUGCUCCAAGAUUUCUUCAACGGUAAGGAGUUGAACAAGUCCAUCAAUCCAGACGAAGCCGUUGCCUACGGUGCUGCCGUCCAAGCCGCCAUUCUCUCCAACGAAGGUGGUGCUAAGGUUGCCGAUUUGUUGUUGCUCGACGUUGCCCCAUUGUCUAUGGGUCUCGAGACUGCCGGUGGUGUCAUGACUGUUUUGAUCCCAAGAAACACCACCAUCCCAUGCAAGAAGCAACAAACCUUCUCCACCUACUCUGACAACCAACCAGGUGUCUUGAUCCAAGUCUACGAAGGUGAGCGUUCCAUGACCAAGGACAACAACUUGCUCGGUAAGUUCGAGUUGUCUGGUAUUCCACCAGCUCCACGUGGUGUUCCACAAAUCGAAGUCACCUUCGAUAUCGAUGCCAACGGUAUCUUGAACGUCUCUGCCGAAGACAAGUCCACCGGUAACAAGCAUAAGAUCACCAUCACCAACGACAAGGGUCGUCUCUCACCAGAGCAAAUCGAGCGUAUGGUCAAGGAAGCCGAACAAUUCAAGGCUCAAGAUGAAGCUCAACGUCACAAGGUCGACGCCAAGAACAAGUUGGAGAACUACGCCUACACCAUCAAAUCAACCAUCAAGGACGACAAGGUUGCCUCCAAGUUGUCCGAAGAGGAGAAGUCCUCCAUCGAGACCGCCGCCGAAGAAACCAUCAAGUGGCUCGAAUCCAACCAAACCGCCGAAAGAGAGGAAUUCGAACACAAGAUGACCGAACUCGAAAAAGUUGUCAACCCAAUCAUGACCAAGAUGUACCAACAAUCAGGUGGUAACCCAGCUGAUAUGCCAGGUGGUUUCGACCCAUCUGCCGCUGCCGGUGCUCAACCAUCCGCUCGUCCAGAAGAAGAUUUGGAUUAA